CAACCGAUAGUUGUCCGAUAUUUUUAUUGUUGUCAAUUGUCAAUUGUUGUUUAGGAAACGUAAAUAAAUUUUAAAAAGAAUGAGUUCUUCAAAGAUUCAAAAAUUGGAUAAUGGCCAAACAAAUAAUCAGAAAGUAACAAAUUCCGAGAAGAAUAAACAAAAAAGAAAAGUAAAAUCAACGAAAUUAAACGAAGAAUUGGAAAAUGAAGUUGUCAAUGAUAAUAAUUUAUCGCUUGAAUCACAAAUUUCAUCAUCGUCAAAUGCAAUUGCCGAGUCAAUUUUACAUCUUGAACGUGAACUCUCGGAAAAAUUAAGUCAAAUUAAAUUCAAAGCACCCGUUGAUUAUAUUUAUAAUCCAAUUGAAUACGCAUACGAUGUUCAUGCUAAUUACGUAAAUUCCUAUUGUCAAGGAAGAAAAAAAAUUCUAUACCUCGGAAUUAAUCCCGGACCAUGGGGUAUGUCUCAAAAUGGUGUUCCUUUCGGUGAAAUUUCAAUGGUUAAAGAUUGGUUGAAAUUAUCGGGAAAAAUUGAAAAACCACCACGUGAACAUCCGGAGAGAAUAAUCAGUGGUUUCAAUUGCACUCGAAAAGAAGUCAGUGGCUUGAGAUUUUGGGGAUUUUUCCGUGAACUCUGCAAAACGACUGAUAUUUUUUUUCGUCAUAGUUAUGUUCAUAAUUAUUGUCCUUUGGCAUUUAUGAAUUCGAAAGCGAAGAAUAUUACGCCUGCCGAUUUAAAGGCUGAUGAAAAGAAGGAACUCCUUUUAAUCUGUGACGAAGUUCUGAAGAAGAUUAUCAAAGUGCUAAACGUUGAAAUUGUCGUUGGAAUUGGAAGAUUCGCCGAGGAAAGAGUGAAGGAUAUUUUAAGGGACGAAGUUAAUAUAAACGUUAUUUAUAUGCCACAUCCUAGUCCAAGAGCAGUGAACAACGAGAAUUGGCCCGAAAAGGCUAAAAUGACACUGGAGAGGAACAAAUUAUUGGAAUAUUAUUCACAGUAA